AUAUAUCUUCUCUAACAAAAUGACGAUACUUUCCGCUUCUUUCUUCAGAAGAACAAAACAAGAAAAUUCCUAACACUCUUUCUCUCUCUCUAUCCCUAAUUUUUCUCUUCUGUUUUGAAUCUUUCUCUCACAAUUUGAUUUUGUUGCUAUUGUUGUAAUCAAGAUCAACUGUGAAUUUAUAGGUUUUUCUGGUGUGCUUAGUUGGGAGGAGUUUAGAUUUGGUGAAUUGGAUGUGUCUUUGCCAUAAUCACUUUUUUUUAAGCUUCAGAAUUAUAAGUGAUUGUGUUGUGGAAGUGUAAUUGAGUUUUUGAAUUAGAGGAUUGUGUGUUUGUUGUGUGUUUAGAGUUUAGGAUAGAAAAGGGGUAGGGUUUUGUUUGUUGUGUUAGGGAUGAAAAGAGGGAAUGAUGAUGAGAAGAUGAUGGGGCCGUUAUUUCCUAGAUUACAUGUUGGUGAUACGGAGAAAGGAGGGCCUAGAGCACCACCUAGGAAUAAAAUGGCUUUGUAUGAGCAAUUUAGUAUUCCCUCUCAAAGGUUUAACUUGCCACUCCACCCGAAUACUUCGAACAAUUCGGUUCCCCCGGCUUCCUCGAGCCAGGGGACUGUCCACGAGCGAAAUUAUGUUUUUCCUGGUCAUUUGACUCCUGAAACACUUAUUCGUCAGGCUGGGAAACAUCUUUCUCGCCAAACAAAAGGGGCAAAUUUGAAUGCUUCUCUAGCACAAAUUGAACAUAGAAAGAAGGUUGAUGAAGAUGAUUUCAGGGUUCCUGUAUAUGUUCGUUCAAAUAUUGGUCAAUCUAAUGAGAAAAGGAUUGAGAGUUUUGAUGGGAAAAGACCCCCUUCUACAGGCUCUAGGUAUUUUGGUUUUUUGAAACCAGGUAAAAGUGAUCGGGAGAGGGAUCCAAGACAGCAUGGAUCUGCAGUUGUUAAUGCAGUGACAGACGUGAGGAAUGAUAUUGAUGGUCCUCCGCAAGUGAGUCCAAAUAAGGAGCAUCCGUCUUCGUCUGCCAGAGACGGAUCGAUUGGAGAACAUAGUGACACCUUAGUAAGACAAGGCAAAGUGACUGCAAAUCAAGAGGUUCAAGAUCGUCGUGUGUUCAAACUUAGCAGUUUACGUCAAGGUGAUGCACGCUUACGACAAGACUGUCGAGCUGAGUCUCAAUCCAAUGGACAUGGACAAAGUGACAGUCUACUUGAAUCUACAAGGGAGGUAGACAAGAGUAACGGCCCUAUAGUAAACCAAACCAGUCCAACCCAGGCUAUCAAUGGCACUGAAUAUCAUGAUACCGGUACAGGCAGUCCGAAACAGUUAGGAAAUUCAAACAAAAAUGACAGCAUUUCCAAGAUCUCCAGGGUAGAAGAUUUGUCAACAGUGAAAAUUUCUCCUGAUGAUGUUGUUGCAGUAAUAGGCCAAAAACAUUUCUGGAAAGCCAGAAAAGAAAUUGCCAAGGAGAGCUUUAAAUUAUACUAUGUUGGAGGUGGUCCUUCUGAUCGCAGUCAACAGAGAGUGUUUGCAGUCCAAGUGUUUGAGUUGCAUAGACUGAUAAAGGUCCAACAACUAAUUGCCGGAUCGCCAGAUCUUUUGUUUGAUGAUGGUGCUUUUCUGGGAAAGUCUCUUCCAGAUGGAUCUACUCCUAAAAAACUCUCAUUGGAAUAUGUUGUAAAAGCUCGGCUACAAAAUCUUAAGCGCAAAGUUGAUUCUGAAAAGAUAAAUCAAAACAUGGAAUGUUCUGCAGAGAAUGCUGUUGGUAAAACAUCUAUUUCGUCCGUGAAAAAUACGAGCCACCUUUCUAGUUCCAUGCCUUUUGCCGGAAAUCCACACCAAGGAAAUGUGGCAGCUGAUAAUGGGAUGGGUCCCUGGUGUUUCAAUCAGUCACCUGGGCAUCAGUGGUUAAUUCCUGUGAUGUCUCCUUCUGAAGGGCUUGUCUACAAGCCAUAUCCCGGGCCUGGAUUUACAGGAACAAAUUUUGGAGGAUGUGGGCCCUACGCGGCUGCUCCUUCGGGUGGCACUUUUAUGAAUCCUUCCUAUGGAAUCCCGCCUCCACCAGAGACUCCUCCAGGCAGUCAAGCUUACUUCCCUCCCUACGGUGGCAUGCCAGUUAUGAAAGCUGCAGCUUCAGAGUCAGCUGUUGAACAUGUGAACCAAUUCUCCGCACGCGGGCAAAGUCGUCGUUUAUCUGAAGAUGAAGCUGAUUGUAACAAACACAAUCAAAGCUCAUACGAUUUACCAGUUCAGAGAAAUGGAGCUACAUCACAUGUCAUGUAUCAUCAGAGAUCCAAGGAGUUUGAGGUGCAGAUGAGUACAGCAAGUAGUCCUAGCGAAAUGGCACAAGAAAUGAGCACGGGACAAGUUGCCGAAGGGAGAGAUGUACUACCUCUUUUCCCUAUGGUUCCAGUAGAACCAGAGAGUGUACCUCAUUCUCUCGAAACAGGACAAAAAACUCGAGUUAUCAAAGUGGUACCUCACAACCGAAGAUCUGCAACUGAAUCAGCAGCUAGAAUUUUCCAAUCAAUUCAAGAAGAGAGAAAACAAUACGACGCACUGUAGUGGUGUAUAUUGACAUGGAGGAUCCAUUCAAGUGUAUGUCGCCUAGUUCCUGCACGCUCUGCAGGUGCGCGUGCCAUCAUGUAACGGUAUAUUAUAUUUAUAUAUCUAUAUAUUUUUGUUUAGACCUUGUUACUUUACAGCACAUUGGUAUGUAGAUAUGUCUGUCAAAUCACAAUUGGUCAACAUAAUAUUGUUGUACUUUGUCCUCUUAAGUAAUUGUAAGUUUAUCACAGGAAUUGAAUCACCCAAAAGAGUGCUCCCUUUGUUUGGGAGGAGCUUUUUGAUCCCUAUGUACUACUUGACAUGAAAACUAAUAAAGAUCAAUUUUCUUAGGCUUCAAA